AUGCCCUUGGAAAAUGUACAAACCCAGAAGUCCUACAAAUAUCUGCAAGAAGUCGAAACUGUCGCCCAGGACGUGCUAACACUGAAACAAGAAAAACUCCAACUCGCCAACGCCCACAACAAACUCAGAGAAGCCCUGACAGGUCUAAAGUGCACAGAAGACAGAACUUCUUGGCUACAAAAAGGCUGCGUGUACAUCGAACUGCCGACGGAAGAAAUCAAAUCGAUUGUGAAAGAUGAAAUCGAUAAAGUUGAAGACGGUUUGAACGAUUUACGUAACAAAAUUCGCGCCAAGUCACAGGAGUUGCGCGAUUUGGAACACCAGCCUAGAAUCGAGGGGUUGACUUUGAAGCCAGUUUCGAAUAUCGAGGCCACAGCCUUGAAUAAAGCAUUCGGAUUUAAUUAA